AUGAAGAAUGGGCAGUCGAAGCAGAGUCAUCCUUACUUGAAACUUCUGGAAAAGAGUGAGUGUAUGGUGCUGCCACUGUUGGUGAUGACUGUCCCUGCUUGUCCUCUUCUGUCUGUCAUUAGGGAGAAGCUGAGGUCCCAUUACAGCCUCAGUUACCACGGAGACAACAGUGAUGAACAGCCACACAGCUUUUACCAUCUUCCCUGCUAGGGCAGUGACUCCAUAUGGAAGGGAAAUGGGCCCAGCCCUCUGCCUGUGUAUGAGAAUCCGGAACCCCUAGCUGGGCCUUGGGCCACUCCAGAGGAAACCCCAGCCCCAGCUGGAAAUGAAGAGGAAGAACUUCUAGCAGACCCAGACCUUCAUUUGAAUAUUGAAGAAUCAAACAAGGAGUUCAUGGCAGAAAGCGAAGAACUGUAUGACUCCCUCAUGAGCUGUCACUGGCAACCUCUGGACACCAUCCUGUCUAACAUCCCCAGUGAGCCCCACUCCCACCCCCCAAUGUGAAACAAGUGUUCACCAUGCCCUCCAGCUGACCUGUUAGUUGUAUCUUGCUUUGGUUUUGAAGGGAAAUAAAUCCAGAAAUUUAUCAGAU